AUGGUGAUGGAAGGAGUUCAAGAAGACUAUGCAUGUAGCAUGCAAUGCACAAAACAUACAUACCAAAAGAAUAGCCCUGCUGGUGGUAUAUGUGUGUUUUGCCUCCAAGAAAAACUGGGAAAACUAGCAGUUUCUUCUUCUUUCCCCCUUUCAAACACUACUGUCAACUUCAAUUCUUCUUCUUCCUCUUCUCCUUCUCCUCCUCCGUUUACCUCCAGCAAAAAAUCAAGAAUCCCAUUUCUCUCCAGCAAGAAAAAAAAUGACCCCCCUUCCUCUUCAGCCCCCUACACCUCCAAAAAUAUCAUUUUUAACCGCAGUAAAUCCUCUGUCAUGCCUCGGGCUUUUGGCCCUAAUUUUACAGAAACUAGCGAAACAGAUGGAUUAAAGACACCUCAGAAGUCAAGAUUUUGGAAACUCGCUCAUUUCUCUCAGCGGCAAAAACACAAACAGUUGGUGUGCUUGAAGAAAAAUGAUUUCAGAGCAAUAAUAGAGAAUGAAAGUCCACUCAACUGCAAGAUUACGAGAUCUAGAUCUGUUGGGUGUGGGAGCCUGAGCUUCUCCGGCGAUUUUUUCGGUGAUUGUGUUCUCCGGCGAGUGGAGUCGCAGAGAGAAGUUAAGCCAAGGGAGAGAGUUAAUAAAUGGGGGGGUUUGUUUAGCGGAUUUGGUAUAGGUACUAGGCCUGAGGUGCAGCUGGGCCAAAAAAGGAGUAGAAGUUGGUCUUGGUCUUGGGCUUUACCAAGUCCAAUAAUGGGCUUCAGGCCUUCUUAUUCGAGGAAAAGACACAGUUUGAAGAAAGAAUGGUAG